GAGCGGAGUUCUCCUGCCGAGCGGUCGAUUGCAACGCUUGCACUGGCCGAACCGUCGGCAGUCGCGCCGGCGCCGCCGUCGGCGAUGGACCACGACGAGGACAGGUCCCUGUCCCUCGGGACGGAGGUGUCCACCUCCGUACCCCCGCCGAGUCCUCUCACGGGAUGUUACUUACUCGCGGUGAUAGGCGAGCCACACACUCACGAGCACAAGGAAAUUAUUCUGCAGCGUCUUGUUAAAGGGCUGCUAUCAUGGGACUCUGGAGAGCACCAGGUCGACUUGGAGAAGGAACUGGCCACCCUCACGGCGCAGGCACCCGAGGGGGAAGAAGCCAGAUAUGGAGAGAGACUGAUACAAUUCGCAUCGGAGAGCCUGGUGACGGAGAUCCUGAUCCACCCUCAGAUGAACACGCUGAUGCAGUGCAUGCGAAACCUGCUCAGCUCGUUCACAAGACACAGGCACCUUGUGCACGCCGGAUAUACCUUCGCGGGGAACGGGUCCUGGAUCAUGCAGGACGGGACCUUUUCCCUAGCGGACUUCACAGACGCAUACCAAGAAAAUGAAGUGCAGCGCGUAAUCCGCGCCUACGAGAAUUCCAUCUCGAUUGAUGUACACUGCUCGACUAGCGGCGGCGGCGAAUGGGCCCGCCUGCCCGAAAUGCCAUUCGUCAAAUACUGCAAGAUUAGGGUCAACCCUACCGACAUAUUAGACUCUGGCUCGCAAGCCAUCAAGGACUUUAUCGCAUACCUGGACCCCUACGUGGUGCCAGCAUCCCUGGACCAACUCCUGGUGUCAAGCGACGUGGUUGGCAACAUAAGGUUCAGCCACCCGACAUUAUACGUAUUCCCCGGAGGACAAGGAGACGCCGCCCUCUUCGGGAUCAAUGGAUUUAACAUGCUCGUUGACGGCGGGUUCUCCCGCAAGGCCUGCUGGUGGGACUUCGCCCGCCACCUGGACCGCCUGGACGCAGUCCUGUUCACCAGACUCAACAACUGCUCCAUCUCGGGAAUGGGAUCAGUUCUCCGUAGAAAGGCUACUGCCAACGUCUACCCACAGAUUGGGCAUUUCUUCUGCAAUUUAGAGGAACGCCGGGCGCUGGCGAGCCCCGACGGCGACAAGGACGCGGACCCUCUGCUCGUGUCCCUCCUGCAAGAGGGCUCCGACAUGAUGACCGACCUCCGGCACAUCAACCUAAAACCCCAGCAGUGCUACCGAAGCCCUGAACCUAUCAACCUUUACCACAAAGUUGGACAUGGUACCCUCGAUAUGUACGUACUGAAUCCGUCCAAGGACUCCAAACACGUUCGUGAAUUCCUAAAAAGGUGGCACAAUAGUGAACAGAAACUAUUCGAAGGCGCGAGUGUAUCAGGCCAGUUCAACUUCCCCAUACCCAACUUAGUGUCAAUAUGUGCACUGUUAGUAUGGCGACCGGCCAACCCUGACGACACGAUCACCAGGAUAAUGUUCCCGGGGUCCACGCCACAACAUAAGAUAUUCGAAGGAUUAGAAAAGCUUAAACAUUUGGAAUUCCUUCAACAUCCCACGUGCACUGGACGACAAAUGGCAACAACGGCGGCGCCAGCGGCUCCUGUCUCCGUCUCAACAGCGGCCACAACACAAACUACCAUAAAAACCACUAAACCUGUCUCCAAAGUUAGUAAAGAGAGAAGUAUAAUCACUGAGAAAGCGAAAGAAGAAAAAAUUAGUGAACCAGAACUCCCAUUACACAAGGACAAAGACAUCAUCAAAGAUGAAAGAGAUACUAAAAAUAUCAUCGAUAAUAAAUUGCUUAGCGAACUUGUAGACGGUGAGGACAAGCAAAUCGAAUCGGUACUGCAGGAAGCGAUAACAGCUAGGCUAGAGUCUAAAUUAGACGACAAGAUCGCUGAAUACGAAAGUACUGUAUUAGAUGGUUUACCUAAAAAGAAAGAUCUUAAGAAAAAGACUGUAGACAGAAAAACGAAACGUUCCGAUAAGACUGAUGAAAUUAAAGCGGCCGAUACUAAAAAAGUUGAAGCCGAAACUAGGACUAAAAUUGAAAUGAGGAAAAAAAUGGAAAGCCGAACAAAAACAGAAACUACCUCAGCUGUGAUGAGAAGUAAAGUUAGUCAUCGAACAGCCAAAUCUCUAGAUAAGAAAAUGGUAUCAAGUAUAGACAAAAGGAUACCUGAAGAUAAAAAAUCACCACCUACAACACCUAAAAAGACUGUCGAGGCUAAAACUACGCCUACUAUCGCGCAAUCGGCGGCUAAAGAAAGAAUUAAAGCCAAAACUCGACGAUUAAGCCCUGGCAGUACGCCUGCUAAAAGUGCAAAAGAAGCAAGUAAUCGCAGAGUGGUUGAAUCAAAAUAUAAACAACCCUCACCAAAACGGGACAUCUUACAAAAAUCGGUAGAAAAGAAAGAACCUAAAGCAAAAAGAGAACCUAUUUCGCGUAGGCCUAGACCUUUAGCUUCACCUGUUAAAGGACUGAAAGCCAUGAAGAGCCCAACGAAAGCAGUAAAAUCAGUUAAAGCUGACACAUCGAAACUUAAAGGAUUACAGCGAGUAAACUACGAAGAUAUUCUUAAAGAUGCUAAAAAAUCCGACGAAGACACAUCUAAAUCUCUUGAUGAUAUCAAACAGCAAGAGUUGGAUGAGAGAGAAGAACAAGAAAUAGUACGAGAAAUUGAAGCAGUUUUCAAUAGGGACAGUGAAGCUGAAGAAAAGGUGGAAUUUGUGGGACGGUCAGACAUUGAAAAAAUUACAUGUAUGCUCGAUGAUACAAAAACUGAAACGACUGCCGACGGUGAAUUCGAAGAGGAAUAUUUGAUAAUUGAAAAAGAAGAGGUCGAUCAAUAUACGGACGACUACGUUCAUGAUCGAGAUGAACACGAAGAUGAACUCCAAAAACAUCUUAAAGAUAAAGAGGAAUCCGAAAAGAAGAAAGAUGAAGUAACUAUACCUGAAAAGGGUAAAAUUGAGGAGAUACAAAUAAAGCCUGAGGUAAUCAUGGAAACUGAAAUGAAACAUGCUGAGUCAAAGGAACCAUCAGUAAGUGUUGAAGAAAAACAAGAUAUAAGCAGUGAAAAGAAAACGUCAGACAGUAAGAGUGGUGUUGUCAAACCAAAAGAUUCGCUUGAACUUAAUAUUGUGCAAGAAUCUCAGCCAGAUGAGAAAGUAUCUACGACUAUCGAAUCUGGUGCAACCACCGCACCAACCUUACCGGAAGAUGAACGCAUAACUCUUGAUGACAUUAAAGAAGAUCAACAAGUAGAAGAAAAACAUGUUCAAGAGGAGACUAAAGAAGUAAUACCACCGCAGACUUUGAUAGAUGUACACAAACCCACAACAAUUGAAAAAAGUCCAAAGCGGGAGGUGCAACAAAUACCAAUCAGAGAAAUUGUAAAAACACCUGACGAAGUCGCUGAUCUUCCUUUGCACGAAGAGGUAGACUACAGGACAUAUGAAGAAAAGAAAACGCCUAUUGAUGAAGAUAUUUACAAACGGAAACCGGAAACUCAAUUUGCUCCCGAAAUGAAAGUUCCUACUGACUUACCUCUUCCAGAGAAAGAUGCUGCUUUGCCGCAAAAAGUAAAAUCUAUGGAAGGUGACGUGGUAAUGAAGACUGUUGAGCGUCCCUCGCAUGCCGAAGUAGUUACAGUAACACCUGGAUCAGCGCCCGAGUCUCCAAUGUAUCAUGAUCAAGUGAAAAUGUCUAUUAUUCCUGGAAAAGAACUUAAACCUGUCUCUGAAUAUGGUGAUGGAGAAUUCGAUUACGGACAAUAUACAGAAAAAUUAAGAGAAACACACAUCACAACACUAGAUUCACCUAUUAAGGAUGAUAUUAUUGUAAUUGAAGAAGUCCCUCAUAUGCCUGAAAAAAUUCCUUCAAUCCCGGAAGACGUAGAAAAAGAGAUCGAAGAAGCUCAAAAAUUAGAAAUUGCUGAAAAACCUCCAUUAAGUCCGAAAGAUGUCGAAAAAAUUGUGGCUGACGUCGCUGAGGUAUUAAAAUCAGACAAAAGUUUGGAGGAAAUCAUGGCUGAAAAAUCCCCUAUUAGCGCACGCAAAUCUACGGAAACCCUGUUUAAGACUGAAACGUCCGCUAUAGAAGCAACAAAAAUGCUUCUUACAAGUGAAAAAGAAGCAAAACAUGAUUUACAAAGAGAGCCUAAAGAAACUCGAUUAGACACUAAAAUAGAACCAGAAAUUGAAUCAUCACAAAAAGAAGUUUCUCCAGUUAGAUCUGCUACGUCAGAAGAUGUCAGCGAGAUUUCUGAUAAAACUGUACUUAGUGAAACAAAACGAGCCAGUCGCGAUAAAAAACCUGAGAAGUUUGUGACUGAAACGGAUCGUAAAAGUACUGAUCAAGUUGAUUUUAGUCCAACUGUCGUUGUGGACGAACGGCUACCAGAAAAACAAUUGACUCCAGAAAAGACUGACUUAUUAUUAGUAGAUAAGACUAAAAUAUCAGAUACUAUAGAAACAAAAAAGAUGGAUAGUUUUAUUAGUGAAAAAGAUUUAGAAAUUACCGAAGCUGAAGUAAAAUCAGAACGUAAAUUAAGCAGUACAUUAGAAUCCGCGAAAACUCUAGAAAAAUUGGAAGAAAAAAUUGCGGACCUAAAAAGAAGAAUUACUGAACAUGAUGUUUCACCUGGUGAACCUAGCCCGAUGGAACUCAAAGAGCCGUAUCCAAUUAAACCACAUGAGAAAGCUCUUAGCCCGGAAAAAGAAGUACUCACAGGAAAGGAAAUUAAGCCAGAAAAAGAAAUCCCUAGCUCACUAAAAGAAAUUUCAAUGGAGCCGUCACCAGAAAGAGAAUUGCAGAAAAGAGAAAAAGCGCCCUCGUCGAAGGAGCCUUCACCGAUUGAAGAAAUUUUCGAGAAGGAAUUGCCAGAGGAUGAGGAACCAGUUUUUCCUUCUGAAGAGUUAACACCAGAAACCCUAAAAAUUAUAGAAGCUCUUAAGGAUUUCAUCCCUAUUGAAGAACCUGAAAUUAUUGAGAUAACUAAAACAGAAGAAAUAAAAGACAAGGCAAUCAUCAUUCGUCGAGUGAUCGUAACUAGAAUUGUUAGUACGAAAUAUGGUGACAGGCUAAGCACGAUCAGGAAGCUCAGGACCGAUACUACUAUCACCACUACUGAUAACUUCCCCGAUGGUACUACACGCACUCAGGUCAAGAGUAGCAGCACACUAAGCGACAUCAAGUAUAAGCCGGAGGAUGUUAUCGAAGAUAGUCUUAAAGGCUUUAAGUUAGUUGGUAAACCUAGUGAAGAAACCACUACAAAAUCGGAAACAGUUACAGAAGGCGGUGUCAUGAUCAAGCGACAAGUGACAGUUAUAACAACUAUUCAAGAAUACCAUAAUCUUAUGACUAUGACAAAGUGUUACAAAACAAUCGUCAGGACUAUAACGGAAGACAAGCAUGCAGAUGGAUCAAUCAUAACAAGAUCCUUCGCUAAAUCUUCAUUGUCUGAUGAAUCUUUUCUCACUAUUACACACGAUGGAACUGGAUUAUCAGAUGAAGAAGAAAGCACGGAGCGUGGAGCUCUUGAAGACCAUGUACUUGAUGAAAAGAUUAUUACUCUACUGAAACAAGAAGAACUUAUGGCUGAAGCCCCCAAAGCGGUAGAAAGAGCCCAAAGCCCAGUCAAACCCGAAAAACUUAAGGUUGAGAAACCCAAACCCGAAGAAAAGAUUCUUAGCCCAGUUAAACCCAAAGAAAAGGCUCCAAGCCCCAUUAAAUCUGAGAAACUGAAAGUUGAGGAACCCAUAGCGGAAGAAAAGAUUCCUAGCCAAACACUAUCAAAAGAACCGUCGCCUGAAAGAGAAGUCACUCUAAAAGAAACGCUUAAAGAUGUAGAAUUGCUUUUAUCAAAGGAGCCGUUACCAACAGAAAAAUUAUAUGAGAAAAAAGUAAAAGAAGAUGAACUAGCUGCUCCUUCUGAAGAGUUAUCCCCAGAGACUCUAAAAAUCAUGGAAGCUCUUAAAGAUUAUGUUCCUAUUGAAGAACCAGAAAUUAUUGAAAUUAUCAAAACGGAACAAGUAAAGGAUAAAGCAAUCAUCAUUCGACGUGUUAUCGUAACAAGAAUCGUCAGCACCAAGUAUGACCAUAAAAUAAGCAGGAUUCGGAAGCUCAGGACCGACACUACCAUCACCACUACUGAUAACUUACCUGACGGUACCACACGCACUCACGUAAAAACCAGCAACAUUCUGAGUGACAUACCAUAUAAGCCCGAGGAUAUUAUUGAAGAAAGUCUUGAGGGAUUCAAACAAGUCGGCAAACCUAAAGAGGACACCAUCACAAAAUCAGAAACAGUCAUAGAAGAUGGCAUUAUUAUAAAACGACGAGUCACAGUCAUAACCAUAAUUCAAGAAUACCACAGUGUUGUCACCAAGACUAUGUGUUACAGAACAAUAAUUAGAACUAUAACGGAGGACGAACAUCCAGAUGGAUCUGUCAUAAUAAAGACCUCUGCUAAAACUUCGUUGUCUGAUAAGUCCCCCUUAACUAGAAUACAAGAUGGAGCUGUGUUAUCAGAUGAAGAGGAAAGCAUAGAUCAUGCGUCUGUCAAAGAUAAAGUGCUCGAUGAGAGGGUCAUUAUAACCCUCAAACCGGAAGAGAAGGCUCCCAGCCCACUUAAACCAGAGGAAAUCAAGGUUGAGGAACUCAAACCUGAAGAAAAGGCUCCCAGCCCAGUUAAACCAGAAGAGAAGGCCCCCAGCCCAGUAAAACCAGAGGAACUCAAGGUUAAGGAACUUAAACCAGAAGAAAAAGCUCCCAGCCAAGAUAAACCUGAAGAAAAGGCUCUGAGCCCAGAAAAACUUGAAGAAAAGGCUCCGAGCCCCGUUAAACCAGAACAGCUCAAGAUUGAGGAACUUAAACCUAAAGAAAAGGCUCUCAGCCCAGGUACACUUGAAGAAAAGCCUCCCAGCCCAGUUAAACCAGAAGAGCUCAAGAUUGAGGAACUGAAACCUAAAGAAAGAGUUCCUAGCCCGGUUAAGCCAGAAGAAAAAGUCCCGAGCCCAAGAAAACCAGAGGAGCUCCAGGUUGGAGAAAUAAAACCUGAAGAAAAGACUCCCAGCUUAGUUAAACCAGAAGAGAAGGCCCCGAGCACGGCAAAACCAGAGGAACUCAAGGUUGGGGAACUCAAACCUGACGAUAAGGCUCCCAGCCCAGUAAAACCAGAGGAACUCAAGGUUAAGGAACUUAAGCCAGAAGAAAAAGCUCUCAGCCCAGAUAAACCUGAAGAAAAGGCUCCCAGCCCAGUUAAACCAGAAGAGAAGGCACCGAGUCCAGCAAAACCAGAGGAGCUUAAGGUUGAGGAACUCAAACCUGAAGAAAAGGCUCCCAGCCCAGUAAAACCUGAGGAACUCAAACCUAAAGAAAAGGUUCCUAGCCCAGUUAAACCAGAGGAACUCAAGGUUGAAGAACUGAAACCUAAAGAAAAGGCUCCUAGCCCAGUAAAACCGGAGGAACUCAAGGAUGAGGAACUGAAACCUAAAGAAAAGGUUCCCAGCCCAGUUAAACCAGAAGAGAAAAUCUCGAGCCCAGCAAAACCAGAGGAGCUUAAGGUUGAGGAACUCAAACCUGAAGAAAAGGCUCCCAGCCCAGUAAAACCUGAGGAACUCAAGGAUGAGGAACUGAAACCUGAAGAUAAGGCUCCCAGCCCAGUAAAACCUGAGGAACUACAGGAUGAGGAACUGAAACCUAAAGAAAAGGUUCCUAGCCCAGUUACACCAGAAGAGAAAGUCCCGAGCCCAGUAAAACCAGAGAAGCUUAAGGUUGAGGAACUCAAACCUGAAGAAAAAGCUCCCAGCCCAGUUAAACCUGAGGAAGUCAAGGAUGAGGAAUUGAAACCUGAAGAAAAGGCUCUCAGCCCAGUAAAACCUGAGGAACUCAAGGAUGAGGAACUGAAACCUGAAGAUAAGGCUCCCAGCCCAGUAAAACCUGAGGAACUACAGGAUGAGGAACUGAAACCUAAAGAAAAGGUUCCUAGCCCAGUUACACCAGAAGAGAAAGUAUCGAGCCCAGUAAAACCAGAGGAGCUUAAGGUUGAGGAACUCAAACCUGAAGAAAAAGUUCCCAGCCCAGUAAAACCUGAGGUAGUCAAGGAUGAGGAACUGAAACCUGAAGAAAAGGCUCUCAGCCCAGUAAAACCUGAGGAGCUCAAGGUUGAGGAACUCAAACCUAAAGAAAAGGCGCCCAGCCCAGUAAGACCUGAGGAACUCAAGGAUGAGGAACUGAAACCGGAAGAUAAGGUUCCCAGCCCAGUUAAACCAAAAGAGAAGGCCCCGAGCCUAGUUAAACCAGAGGAGCUCAAGGUUGAGGCUCUCGAACCUGUAGACACGGCUCCCAGCCACGUUCAACCUGAAGAAAAGGCUCCCAGCCCAGUUAAACCAGAAGAAAAGGCCCCGAGCCCAGCAAAACCAGAGGAACUUAAGGUUGAAGAAUUCAAGGUGGAGGAACUCAAACCUAAAGAAAAGGCUCCCAGCCCAGUAAGACGUGAGGAAAUCAAGGUUGAGGAACUGAAACCUGAAGAUAAGGUUCCCAGCGCAGUUAAACCAGAAGAGAAGGCCUCGAGCCCAGUUAAACCAGAGGAGCUCAAGGUUGAAGAACUCAAGGUGGAGGAACUCAAAUCUGUAGAAAAGGUUCUCAGCCCAAUCCAACCAGAAACAACGGCUUUCAGGCCGUCACUAUCAAAAGAACCGUCACCUGAAAAAGAAAUUACUCUAAAGGAAACACUUAAAGAUACAAAGGCACCACUGUCAAAGGAACCAUCACCAGUAAAAGAAAUAUCUGAGAAAAAAAUUAUAGUAGAAGAAUCAAUUACCCCUAUUGAAGAGUUAUCGUCAGAAACUCUGAAAAUAAUAGAAGCCCUCAAAGAUUUACAUCCUAUUGAAGAACCUGAAGUAACUGAGAUAACAAAAAUGGAAGAAUUAAAAGAUAAAGCAAUUAUUAUUCGCCGCGUUAUUGUAACCAGAAUAGUUAGCACCAAGUAUGGCGAUAGGACAAAUGCAAACAGAAAGCUCAGGACCGACACUACUAUUACCAUUACUGACAACUUCCCUGACGGUACUACGCGUACUCAGUUAAAGACCAGCAGCACACUUAGUGAUAUCACGUAUAAGCCCGAGGAUAUUAUUGAAAAAAGCCUUGAAGACUUUGAACCAGUCGGCAAACCUAAAGAAGAAACCGUAACAAAAUCAGAAACAGUUGUAGAAGAUGGAAUUGUUAUACAGAGACGGGUAACAGUCAUUAAAAUUGUUCAGGAAUACCACAGUGUUGUCACUAGGACAAAGUGUUACAGAACCAUUAUUAGGACAAUAACCGAGGACGAGUAUCCAGAUGGCUCUCGGGUAAGAAGAACUUCUGUUAAGUCUUCAGUUAAAGAUAAUCUUUUGUCAGACGAAGAUGAAAGUUUCGACCAGGAGUCUCUAACAAAAGACAAAUUUGAGGAAAAAGUCAUAGCUAAGGAGCUCAAACUCGUAGAAAAGGUUCCUGUUCAAGAAAUACUAGAUGACUUGAACGAAAAGUUCGGUACUGAUGAAAAGAAACAUAGCCUAAUAGAACCUGACAAAACUGCUUUCGCCAAAGUAGCACCUGAAGAGAAGGUACUAAGUCCAAUUUUACCGAAACGAAUAACUGAAAAAGACGUUGUUUCUCAGUUUCUUGACAUGGAGAGGGUCAGUUCCGAACAUGCAAUUACCACAACCAAACUAGACGAGAUUGAAAUAAAAGAAAUUAAACCUAAAAAGAAAGAACCCAGCGCAAUUAGGCCUGAUGAAAAGGCGCCUAGCCCAGUUGAACCAGACGAACUUGAAGUUAAAGAAAUCAAACCUGAAGAGAAAGAGCCAAGCCCAGCUAAGCCUGACGAACUUAAGGUUAAAGAGAUCAAACCAGAAGAGAAAGAGCCCAGUCCAGUUAAGCCAGAUGAGAAGGCUCCUAGCCUAAUCAAACUUGACGAGGUUAGGAUUAAGGAGAUGAAACCAGAAGAGAAAGAGCCCAGUCCAGUCAAGCCUGAUGAGAAGGAGACUACCCCGGCCAAGCCAGAUGAGAAGGCGCCUAGCCCAGUGAAAUUUGACGAACUUGAGGUUAAAGAGAUCAAACCAGAAGAGAAAGAGCCCAGUCCAGUCAAGCCAGAUGAGAAAACGCCUACUGCGGCCAAGCCAGAUGAGAAGGCUCCUAGCCCAGUCAAACUUGAUGAGGUUGAGAUUAAGGAGAUCGAACCAGAAGAGAAAGAGCCCAGCCCAGUCAAGCCAGAUGAGAAGGCGCCUAGCCCAAUCAAGCCUGACAAACUUGGGGUUAAGGAAAUCAAACCAGAAGAGAAAGAGCCCAGUCCAGUGAAGCCUGAUGAGAAGGUGACUACCCCAGCCAAGUCAGAAGAAAAGACUCCUAGCCCAGUCAAACUUGACGAGCUUGAGGUUAAGGAAAUCAAAUCUGUAGAAAAAGAGCCCAGUCCAGUCAAGCCAGAUGAGAAGGCGCCUAGCCCAGUCAAACUUGACGAGGUUGAGGUUAAGGAGAUCAAACCAGUAGAGAAAGAUCCCAGUCCAGUCAAGCCAGACGAGAAGGCGUCUACCCCGGCUAAGCCAGAUGAGAAGGCUCCUAGCCCAGUCAAACUUGACGAGGAUGAGAUUAAGAAGAUUAAACCAGAAGAGAAAGAGCCCAGUCCAGUCAAGCUAGAUGAGAAGGCGCCUAGCCCAGCUAAACCUGUAGAACUUGAGGUUAAAGACAUCAAACCAGAAGAGAAAGAGCCCAGUCCAGUCAAGCCAGAUGAGAAGGCGCCUAGCCCAAUCAAACUUGACGAGGUUGAGAUUGAGGACAUCAAACCAGAAGAAAAAGAGCCCAGUCCAGUCAAGCCAGAUGAGACGGCGCCUACCCCGGCCAAGGCAGAUGAGAAGGCUCCUAGCCCAGUCAAACUUGACGAGGUUGAGAUUAAGAAGAUCAAACCAGAAGAGAAAGAGCCCAGUCCAGUCAAGCCAGAUGAGAAGGCGCCUAGCCCAGCUAAGCCUGACAAACUUGAAAUUAAGGACAUCAAACCAGAAGAGAAAGAGCCCAGUCCAGUCAAGCCAGAUGAGAAGGCGCUUAGCCCAGCUAAACCUGACAAACUUGAGAUUAAGGACAUCAAACCAGAAGAGAAAGAGCCCAGUCCAGUCAAGCCAGAUGAGAAGGCUCCUAGCCCAGUCAAACUUGACGAGCUUGAGAUAAAGGAUAUCAAACCAGAAGAGAAAGAGCCCAGUCCAGUCAAGCCUGAUGAGAAAACGCCUAGCCUAGUCAAACUUGAUGAGGUUGAGAUUAAGGACAUCAAACCAGAAGAGAAAGAGCCUAGUCUAGUCAAGCCAGAUGAGAAGGCGCCUACCUCGGCCAAGCCAGAUGAGAAAGCUCCUAGCCCAGUCAAACUUGACGAGGUUGAGACUAAGAAGAUCAAACCAGAAGAGAAAGAGCCCAGUCCAGUCAAGCCAGAUGAGAAAGCUCCUAGCCCAGUCAAACUUGACGAGGUUGAGAUUAAGGAUAUCAAACUAGAAGAGAAAGAGCCCAGUCCAGUCAAGCCUGAUGAGAAAACGCCUAGCCUAGUCAAACUUGAUGAGGUUGAGAUUAAAGACAUCAAACCAGAAGAGAAAGAGCCCAGUCUAGUCAAGCCAGAUGAGAAGGCGCCUACCUCGGCCAAGCCAGAUGAGAAGGCUCCUAGCCCAGUCAAACUUGACGAGGUUGAGAUUAAGAAGAUCAAACCAGAAGAGAAAGAGCCCAGUCCAGUCAAGCCAGAUGAGAAGGCGCCUAGCCCAGCUAAGCCUGACAAACUUGAAAUUAAGGACAUCAAACCAGGAGAGAAAGAGCCCAGUCCAGUCAAGCCAGAUGAGGAGGCGCUUAGCCCAGCUAAGCCUGACGAACUUGAGAUUAAGGACAUCAAACCAGAAGAGAAAGAGCCCAGUCCAGUCAAGCCAGAAGAGAAGGCGCCUAGCCCAGCUAAGCUUGACGAACUUGAGGUUAAGGAGAUCAAACCAGAAGAGAAAGAGCCCAGUCCAGUCAAGCCUGAUGAGAAAACGCCUAGCCUAGUCAAACUUGAUGAGGUUGAGAUUAAGGACAUCAAACCAGAAGAGAAAGAGCCUAGUCUAGUCAAGCCAGAUGAGAAGGCGCCUACCUCGGCCAAGCCAGAUGAGAAGGCUCCUAGCCCAGUCAAACUUGACGAGGUUGAGACUAAGAAGAUCAAACCAGAAGAGAAAGAGCCCAGUCCAGUCAAGCCAGAUGAGAAGGCUCCUAGCCCAGUCAAACUUGACGAGGUUGAGAUUAAGGAUAUCAAACCAGAAGAGAAAGAGCCCAGUCCAGUCAAGCCUGAUGAGAAAACGCCUAGCCCAGUCAAACUUGAUGAGGUUGAGAUUAAAGACAUCAAACCAGAAGAGAAAGAGCCCAGUCUAGUCAAGCCAGAUGAGAAGGCGCCUACCUCGGCCAAGCCAGAUGAGAAGGCUCCUAGCCCAGUCAAACUUGACGAGGAUGAGAUUAAGAAGAUUAAACCAGAAGAGAAAGAGCCCAGUCCAGUCAAGCCAGAUGAGAAGGCGCCUACCUCGGCCAAGCCAGAUGAGAAGGCUCCUAGCCCAGUCAAACUCGACGAGGUUGAGGUUAAGGACAUCAAAUCAGUAGAGAAAGAGCCCAGUCCAGUCAAGCAAGAAGAGGAGGCGCCUAGCCCAGCUAAGCUUGACGAACUUGAGAUUAAAGAGAUCAAACCAGAAGAGAAAGAGCCCAGUCCAGUCAAGCCAGAUGAGAAGGCGCCUACCUCGGCCAAGCCAGAUGAGAAGGCUCCUAGCCCAGUCAAACUUGACGAGGAUGAGAUUAAGAAGAUCAAACCAGAAGAGAAAGAGCCCAGUCCAGUCAAGCCAGAUGAGAAGGCGCCUAGCCCAGCUAAGCCUGACGAACUUGAGAUUAAGGACAUCAAACCAGAAGAGAAAGAGCCCAGUCCAAUCAAGCCAGAUGAGAAGGCUCCUAGCCCUGUUAAACUUGACGAGCUUGAGAUUAAGGAUAUCAAACCAGAAGAGAAAGAGCCCAGUCCAGUCAAGCCUGAUGAGAAAACGCCUAGCCCAGUCAAACUUGAUGAGGUUGAGAUUAAAGACAUCAAACCAGAAGAGAAAGAGCCCAGUCCAGUCAAGCCAGAAGAGAAGGCGCCUAGCCCAGCUAAGCUUGAUGAACUUGAGAUUAAAGAGAUCAAACCAGAAGAGAAAGAGCCCAGUCCAAUCAAGCCAGAUGAGAAGGCUCCUAGCCCAGCUAAGCCUGACGAACUUGAGAUUAAAGAGAUCAAACCAGAAGAGAAAGAGCCCAGUCCAGUCAAGCCAGACGAGAAGGCGCCUACUCCGGCCAAGCCAGAUGAGAAGGCUCCUAGCCCAGUCAAACUUGACGAGCUUGAGAUUAAGGAUAUUAAACCAGAAGAGAAAGAGCCCAGUCCAGUCAAGCCUGAUGAGAAAACGCCUAGCCCAGUCAAACUUGAUGAGAUUGAGAUUAAGGACAUCAAACCAGAAGAGAAAGAGCCCAGUCUAGUCAAGCCAGAUGAGAAGGCGCCUACCUCGGCCAAGCCAGAUGAGAAGGGUCCUAGCCCAGUCAAACAUGAUGAGGAUGAAAUUAAGAAGAUCAAACCAGAAGAGAAAGAGCCCAGUCCAGUCAAGCCAGAUGAGAAGGCGCCUAGCCCAGCUAAGCCUGACGAACUUGAGAUUAAGGACAUCAAACCAGAAGAGAAAGAGCCCAGUCCAGUCAAGCCAGAUGAGAAGGCUCCUAGCCCAGUCAAACUUGAUGAGCUUGAGAUUAAGGAUAUCAAACCAGAAGAGAAAGAGCCCAGUCCAGUCAAGCCCGAUGAGAAAACGCCUAGCCCAGUCAAACUUGAUGAGGUUGAGAUUAAGGACAUCAAACCAGAAGAGAAAGAGCCCAGUCUAGUCAAGCCAGAUGAGAAGGCGCCUACUUCGGCCAAGCCAGAUGAGAAGGCUCCUAGCCCAGUCAAACUUGACGAGGAUGAGUUUAAGAAAAUCAAACCAGAAGAGAAAGAGCCCAGUCCAGUCAAGCCCGAUGAGAAAAUGCCUAGCCCAGUCAAACUUGAUGAGGUUGAGAUUAAGGACAUCAAACCAGAAGAGAAAGAGCCCAGUCUAGUCAAGCCAGAUGAGAAGGCGCCUACCUCGGCCAAGCCAGAUGAGAAGGCUUCUAGCCCAGUCAAACUUGACGAGGAUGAGAUUAAGAAGAUCAAACCAGAAGAGAAAGAGCCCAGUCCAGUCAAGCCAGAUGAGAAGGCGCCUAGCCCAGUCAAACUUGACAAGGUUGAGGUUAAGGAGAUCAAACCAGUAGAGAAAGAGCCCAGUCCAGUCAAGCCAGAAGAGAAGGCGCCUAGCCCAGCUAAGCUUGACGAACUUGAGAUUAAAGAGAUCAAACCAGAAGAGAAAGAGCCCAGUCCAGUCAAGCCAGACGAGAAGGCUCCUAGCCCAGCUAAGCUUGACGAACUUGAGAUUAAAGAGAUCAAACCAGAAGAGAAAGAGCCCAGUCCAAUCAAGCCAGAUGAGAAGGCUCCUAGCCCAGCUAAGCCUCACGAACUUGAGGUUAAAGAGAUCAAACCAAAAGAGAAAGAGCCCAGUCCAAUCAAGCCAGAUGAGAAGGCUCCUAGCCCAGCUAAGCCUGACGAACUUGAGAUUAAGGACAUCAAACCAGAAGAGAAAGAGCCCAGUCCAGUCAAGCCAGAUGAGAAGGCUCCUAGCCCAGUCAAACUUGGCGAGCUUGAGAUUAAGGAUAUCAAACCAGUAGAGAAAGAGCCCAGUCCAGUCAAGCCAGAAGAGAAGGCGCCUAGCCCAGCUAAGCUUGACGAACUUGAGGUUAAGGAGAUCAAACCAGUAGAGAAAGAGCCCAGUCCAGUCAAGCCAGAAGAGAAGGCGCCUAGCCCAGCUAAGCUUGACGAACUUGAGGUUAAAGAGAUCAAACCAGAAGAGAAAGAGCCCAGUCCAAUCAAGCCAGAUGAGAAGGCUCCUAGCCCAGCUAAGCCUGACGAACUUGAGAUUAAGGACAUCAAACCAGAAGAGAAAGAGCCCAGUCCAGUCAAGCCAGAUGAGAAGGCUCCUAGCCCAGUCAAACUUGGCGAGCUUGAGAUUAAGGAUAUCAAACCAGUAGAGAAAGAGCCCAGUCCAGUCAAGCCAGAAGAGAAGGCGCCUAGCCCAGCUAAGCUUGACGAACUUGAGGUUAAAGAGAUCAAACCAGAAGAGAAAGAGCCCAGUCCAAUCAAGCCAGAUGAGAAGGCUCCUAGCCCAGCUAAGCCUGACGAACUUGAGGUUAAAGAGAUCAAACUAGAAGAGAAAGAGCCCAGUCCAAUCAAGCCAGAUGAGAAGGCUCCUAGCCCAGUCAAACUUGACGAGCUUGAGAUUAAGGAUAUCAAACCAGAAGAGAAAGAGCCCAGUCCAGUCAAGCCUGAUGCGAAAACGCCUAGCCCAGUCAAACUUGAUAAGGUUGAGAUUAAGGACAUCAAACCAGAAGGGAAAGAGCCCAGUCUAGUCAAGCCAGAUGAGAAGGCGCCUACCUCGGCCAAGCCAGAUGAGAAGGCUCCUAGCCCAGUCAAACUUGACGAGGAGGAGAUUAAGAAGAUCAAACCAGAAGAGAAAGAGCCCAGUCCGGUCAAGCCAGAUGAGAAGGCGCCUAGCCCAGCUAAGCCUGACAAACUUGAGAUUAAGGACAUCAAACCAGAAGAGAAAGAGCCCAGUCCAGUCAAGCCAGAUGAGAAGGCUCCUAGCCCAGUCAAACUUGACGAGGAUGAGUUUAAGAAAAUCAAACCAGAAGAGAAAGAGCCCAGUCCAGUCAAGCCCGAUGAGAAAAUGCCUAGCCCAGUCAAACUUGAUGAGGUUGAGAUUAAGGACAUCAAACCAGAAGAGAAAGAGCCCAGUCUAGUCAAGCCAGAUGAGAAGGCGCCUACCUCGGCCAAGCCAGAUGAGAAGGCUUCUAGCCCAGUCAAACUUGACGAGGAUGAGAUUAAGAAGAUCAAACCAGAAGAGAAAGAGCCCAGUCCAGUCAAGCCAGAUGAGAAGGCGCCUAGCCCAGUCAAACUUGACAAGGUUGAGGUUAAGGAGAUCAAACCAGUAGAGAAAGAGCCCAGUCCAGUCAAGCCAGAAGAGAAGGCGCCUAGCCCAGCUAAGCUUGACGAACUUGAGAUUAAAGAGAUCAAACCAGAAGAGAAAGAGCCCAGUCCAGUCAAGCCAGACGAGAAGGCGCCUACCUCGGCCAAGCCAGAUGAGAAGGCGCCUAGCCCAGUCAAACUUGACGAGGUUGAGGUUAAGGAGAUUAAACCAGUAGAGAAAGAGCCCAGUCCAGUCAAGCCAGAAGAAAAGACGCCUAGCCCAGUCAAACUUGACGAGGUUGAGGUUAAAGAGAUCAAACCAGAAGAGAAAGAGCCCAGUCCAAUCAAGCCAGAUGAGAAGGCUCCUAGCCCAGCUAAGCCUGACGAACUUGAGAUUAAGGACAUCAAACCAGAAGAGAAAGAGCCCAGUCUAGUCAAGCCAGAUGAGAAGGCGCCUACCCCGGCUAAGCCAGAUGAGAAGGCGCCUAGCUCAGUCAAACUUGACAAGGUUGAGGUUAAGGAGAUCAAACCAGUAGAGAAAGAGCCCAGUCCAGUCAAGCCAGAUGAGAAGGCGCCUAGCCCAGCUAAGCUUGACGAACUUGAGAUUAAAGAGAUCAAACCAGAAGAGAAAGAGCCCAGUCCAGUCAAGCCAGACGAGAAGGCUCCUAGCCCAGCUAAGCCUGACGAACUUGAGAUUAAGGACAUCAAACCAGAAGAGAAAGAGCCCAGUCUAGUCAAGCCAGAUGAGAAGGCGCCUACCCCGGCUAAGCCAGAUCAGAAGGCUCCUAGCCCAGUCAAACUUGACGAGGAUGAGAUUAAGAAGAUUAAACCAGAGGAGAAAGAGCCCAGUCCAGUCAAGCCAGAUGUGAAGGCGCCUAGCCCAGCUAAGCCUGUAGAACUUGAGGUUAAAGAUAUCAAACUAGAAGAGAAAGAGCCGAGUCCAGUCAAGCCAGAUGAGAAGGCGCCUACUCCGGCCAAGCCAGAUGAGACGGCUUCUAGCCCAGCUAAGCCUGAUGAACUUGAGGUUAAGGAGAUUCAACCAGAAGAAAAACAGCCCAGUCCAGUCAAGCCAGACGAGAAGGUGCUUAGCCCAAUCAAGCCUGAUGAGCUUGAAGUUAAAGUAAUCGAAACAGAUGAGAAAGAACCAACCCCUGUUAAAAUCGAUGAAGUUACAUCAGGGGAGAAAAUUACUCAUCUAAUAAAAUUGGAUGGAUAUGAAGAUAGGGAUAUUAAACCAGAAAAGAAAGAGCUAAGCGAGGACAAGCCUCUUAGUCCAGACAAACCUAAAGACGACGAUAUAAGACUGGUUACGGAGAAAGUGGUUAGAGAAAAAGACGCAGUGUCUCAGUUUCUUGAAAUGGAACGAGUCUUGUCUGAAAAAAUACUUCCCAGUCUUAUUCAACCUGAUGAAAAGUUUUCAAGCCUAGUCAAGCCUGAUGAGAAGACCCCUAGGUUAGACAAACCUGACGAAAUUGAAGUAAAGAAAAUCAAACCAGAUGAAAGAGGGCCCAGUCCAGUCAAGCCUGAUGAGAAGGCUCCUAGCCCAGUCAAGCCUGACAAACUUGAGGUUAAGGAGAUGAAACCAGAAGAGAAAGAGCCCAGUCCAGUCAAGCCCGAUGAGAAGGCGCCUACUACGGCCAUGCCUGAUGAGAAAUCGCCUAGCCCAGUCGAACCGGAUGAAUUUGCGGUUAAAGAGAUCAAACUAGAAGAGAAAGAGCCCAGUUUAGUCAAGCCAGAUAAAAAGGCGCCUAGCCCAGUCAAGCCUGACGAAGUUGAAGUUAAGGAGAUCAAACCAGAAGAGAAAGAGCCCAGUCCAGUAAAGCCUGGCGAAAAGGUGUCUAGCCCAGUAAAGCCCGAUGAAAAGAUACCGAGCCCAUUCAAACCAGAAGAGAAAGAGCCCACUCCAGUCAAGCCUGAUGAGAAAGCGCCGAGCCCAGUCAAACCAGAGGAGAAAGAGCCCACUCCAGUUAAGCCUGAUGAGAAAGCGCCGAGCCCAGUCAAGCCUGACGAACUAGAGGUUAAGGAGAUCAAACCAGAAGACAAAGAGCCUAGUCCAGUGAAACCCGAUGAGAAAGAGCCUACCCUGGCCAAGCCUGAUAAGAAGGCUCCUAGCCCAGUCAAACUUGAAGAGCUUGAGGUUAAGGAGUUCAAAUCAGAAGAAAAAGAGCCCAGUCCAGUCAAGCCAGAUCAAAAGGCGCCAAGCCCAGUCAAGCCUGACGAACUAGAGGUUAAGGAGAUCAAACCAGAAGACAAAGAGCCUAGUCCAGUGAAGCCCGAUGAGAAAGAGCCUACCCUGGCCAAGCCUGAUAAGAAGGCUCCUAGCCCAGUCAAACUUGAAGAGCUUGAGGUUAAAGAGUUCAAAUCAGAAGAAAAAGAGCCCAGUCCAGUCAAACCAGAAGAGAAAGAGCCCAGUCCAGUCAAGUCAGAUGAAAAGGCGCCGAGUCCAGUCAAGCCUGAGGAAGUUGAUCUUAAGGAGAUCAAACUAGAAGAGAAAGAACCCAGUCCAGUCAAGUCAGACGAAAAGUCGCCGAGCCCAGUCAAGCCUGACGAACUUGAGGUUAAGGAGAUCAAACCAGAAGAACAAGAGCCCAGUCCAGUCAAGUCAGAUGAAAAGGCGCCGAGCCCAGACAAGCCUGAUGAAAAGGUGCUUAGCCCAAUUAAGCCCGAUGAGAAGGCUCCUAGUCUAGUCAAACCCGACGAAAUUGAUUUAAAAGAAACAAAACCAGAAAAAGAGCCCACUCCAAUCAAGCCCGACGAGAAGGUGCCUAGCCCAAUUAAGCCUGUUGAAAAGGCUCCUAGUCUAGUCAAACCUGACGGAAUUGAUUUAAAAGAAACCAAACCAAAGGAGAAAGAGCCCACUCCAGUCAAGCCAGAUGAGAAGGCGCCUAGCCUAUCCAAGCCAGACGAACUCAAAGUUAAGGAGAUCAAACCAGAAGACAAAGAGCCUAGUCCAGUCAAACCAGGAGAAAAAGAGCCCAGUCCAGUUAAGCCAGAUGAAAAGGCACCAAGCCCAGUCAAGCCUGACGAACUUGAGGUUAAGGAGAUCAAACCAGAAGAAAAAGAGCCCAGUCCAGUCAAGCCAGAUGAAAAGGCACCAAGCCCAGUCAAGCCUGACGAACUUGAGGUUAAGGAGAUCAAACCAGAAGAACAAGCGCCCAGUUCAGUCAAGCCAGAUGAAAAGGUGACGAGCCCAGUCAAGCCUGAUGAAAAGGUGCCUAGCCCAAUGAAGCCUGAUGAGAAGGCUCCUAGCUCAGUCAAACUUGACGAGCUUGAGGUUAAAGAGAUCAAACUAGAAGAAAAAGAGCCCAGUCCAGUCAAGCCUGAUGAAAAGGCACCUAGCCCAAUUAAACCUGAUGAGAAGGUACCGAGCCUAGUCAAACCAGAAGAGAAAGAGCCCACUCCAGUCAAGCCUGAUGAGAAAGCGCCGAGCCCAGUCAAGCCUGACGAACUUGAGGUUAAGGAGAUCAAACUAGAAGAGAAAGAGGCUACUCCAGUCAAGCCUGAUGAGAAAGCGCCGAGCCCAGUCAAGCCUGACGAACUUAAAGUUAAGGAGAUCAAACCCGAAGAGAAAGAGCCCAGUCCAGUGAAGCCAGAUGAAAAGGCGCCGAGCCCAGUCAAGCCUGACGAAUUUGAGGUUAAGGAGAUCGAACUAGAAGAGAAAGAGCCCAGUCCAGUCAAGCCUGACGAAAAGGUGCCUAGCCCAGUAAAGCCCGAAGGAAAGGUACCGAGCCCAGUCAAACCAGAAGAGAAAGAGUCCACUCCAGUUAAGCCUGAUGAGAAAGCGCCAAGCCCAGUCAAGCCUGACGAACUUGAGGUUAAGGAGAUCAAACUAGAAGAGAAAGAGCCUAGUCCAGUCAAGCCAGAUGAAAAGGAGCCAAGCCCAGUCAAACCUGACGAACUUGAGGUUAAGGAGAUCAAACCAGAAGAGAAAGAGCCCAGUCCAGUCAAGCCAGAUCAAAAGGCGCCGAGCCCAGUCAAGCCUGACGAACUUGAGGUUAAGGAGAUCAAACCAGAAGAACAAGCGCCCAGUUCAGUCAAGCCAGAUGAAAAGGUGACGAGCCCAGUCAAGCCUGAUGAAAAGGUGCCUAGCCCAAUGAAGCCUGAUGAGAAGGCUCCUAGCUCAGUCAAACUUGACGAGCUUGAGGUUAAAGAGAUCAAACUAGAAGAAAAAGAGCCCAGUCCAGUCAAGCCUGAUGAAAAAGCACCUAGCCCAAUUAAACCUGAUGAGAAGGUACCGAGCCCAGUCAUACCUGACGAACUUGAGGUUAAGGAGAUCAAACUAGAAGAGAAAGAGGCCACUCCAGUCAAGCCUGAUGAGAAAGCGCCGAGCCCAGUCAAGACUGAUAAACUUGAGGUUAAGGAGAUCGAACCCGAAGAGAAAGAGCACAGUCCAGUGAAGCCAGAUGAAAAGGCGCCAAGCCCAGUCACGCCUGACGAACUUGAGGUUAAGGAGAUCAAACCCGAAGAGAAAGAGCCCAGUCCAGUAAAGCCAGAUGAAAAGGCGCCGAGCCCAGUCAAGCCUGACGAACUUGAGGUUAAGGAGAUCAAACUAGAAGAGAAAGAGCCCAGUCCAGUCAAGCCUGACGAAAAGGUGCCUAGCCCAGUCAAGCCCGAUGGAAAGGUACCGAGCCCAGUCAAACCAGAAGAGAAAGAGUCCACUCCAGUUAAGCCUGAUGAGAAAGCGCCGAGCCCAGUCAAGCCUGACGAACUUGAGGUUAAGGAGAUCAAACUAGAAGAGAAAGAGCCUAGUCCAGUCAAGUCAGAUCAAAAGGCGCCGAGCCCAGUCAAGCCUGAUGAACUUGAGGUUAAGGAGAUCAAACUAGAAGAGAUAGAGCCUAGUCCAGUCACGAGCCAGAUGAAAAGGCGCCAAGCCCAGUCAAACCUGACGAACUUGAGGUUAAGGAGAUCAAACCAGAAGAGAAAGAGCCCAGUCCAGUCAAGCCAGAUCAAAAGGCGCCGAGCCCAGUCAAGCCUGACGAAUUUGAGGUUAAGGAGAUAAAACCAGGAGAAAGAGCCCAGUCCAGUUAAGCCAGAUCAAAAGGCGCCGAGCCCAGUCAAGCCUGAUGAACUUGAGGUUAAGGAGAUCAAACUAGAAGAUAAAGAGCCCAGUCCAGUCAAGCCAGAUGAAAAGGCGCCGAGCCCAGUCAAGCCUGACGAACUUGAGGUUAAGGAGAUCACACCAGAAGAGAAAGAGCUCAGUCCAGUCAAGCCAGAUCAAAAGGCGCCGAGCCCAGUCAAGCCUGACGAAUUUGAAGUUAAGGAGAUAAAACCAGAAGAGAAAGAGCACAGUCCAGUGAAGCCAGAUGAAAAGGCGCCAAGCCCAGUCACGCCUGACGAACUUGAGGUUAAGGAGAUCAAACCCGAAGAGAAAGAGCCCAGUCCAGUAAAGCCAGAUGAAAAGGCGCCGAGCCCAGUCAAGCCUGACGAACUUGAGGUUAAGGAGAUCAAACUAGAAGAGAAAGAGCCCAGUCCAGUCAAGCCUGACGAAAAGGUGCCUAGCCCAGUCAAGCCCGAUGGAAAGGUACCGAGCCCAGUCAAACCAGAAGAGAAAGAGUCCACUCCAGUUAAGCCUGAUGAGAAAGCGCCGAGCCCAGUCAAGCCUGACGAACUUGAGGUUAAGGAGAUCAAACUAGAAGAGAAAGAGCCUAGUCCAGUCAAGUCAGAUCAAAAGGCGCCGAGCCCAGUCAAGCCUGAUGAACUUGAGGUUAAGGAGAUCAAACUAGAAGAGAUAGAGCCUAGUCCAGUCAAGCCAGAUGAAAAGGCGCCAAGCCCAGUCAAACCUGACGAACUUGAGGUUAAGGAGAUCAAACCAGAAGAGAAAGAGCCCAGUCCAGUCAAGCCAGAUCAAAAGGCGCCGAGCCCAGUCAAGCCUGACGAAUUUGAGGUUAAGGAGAUAAAACCAGAAGAGAAAGAGCCCAGUCCAGUUAAGCCAGAUCAAAAGGCGCCGAGCCCAGUCAAGCCUGAUGAACUUGAGGUUAAGGAGAUCAAACUAGAAGAUAAAGAGCCCAGUCCAGUCAAGCCAGAUGAAAAGGCGCCGAGCCCAGUCAAGCCUGACGAACUUGAGGUUAAGGAGAUCACACCAGAAGAGAAAGAGCUCAGUCCAGUCAAGCCAGAUCAAAAGGCGCCGAGCCCAGUCAAGCCUGACGAAUUUGAAGUUAAGGAGAUAAAACCAGAAGAGAAAGAGCACAGUCCAGUGAAGCCAGAUGAAAAGGCGCCAAGCCCAGUCACGCCUGACGAACUUGAGGUUAAGGAGAUCAAACCCGAAGAGAAAGAGCCCAGUCCAGUAAAGCCAGAUGAAAAGGCGCCGAGCCCAGUCAAGCCUGACGAACUUGAGGUUAAGGAGAUCAAACUAGAAGAGAAAGAGCCCAGUCCAGUCAAGCCUGACGAAAAGGUGCCUAGCCCAGUCAAGCCCGAUGGAAAGGUACCGAGCCCAGUCAAACCAGAAGAGAAAGAGUCCACUCCAGUUAAGCCUGAUGAGAAAGCGCCGAGCCCAGUCAAGCCUGACGAACUUGAGGUUAAGGAGAUCAAACUAGAAGAGAAAGAGCCUAGUCCAGUCAAGUCAGAUCAAAAGGUGCCGAGCCCAGUCAAGCCUGAUGAACUUGAGGUUAAGGAGAUCAAACUAGAAGAGAUAGAGCCUAGUCCAGUCAAGCCAGAUGAAAAGGCGCCAAGCCCAGUCAAACCUGACGAACUUGAGGUUAAGGAGAUCAAACCAGAAGAGAAAGAGCCCAGUCCAGUCAAGCCAGAUCAAAAGGCGCCGAGCCCAGUCAAGCCUGACGAAUUUGAGGUUAAGGAGAUAAAACCAGAAGAGAAAGAGCCCAGUCCAGUUAAGCCAGAUCAAAAGGCGCCGAGCCCAGUCAAGCCUGAUGAACUUGAGGUUAAGGAGAUCAAACUAGAAGAUAAAGAGCCCAGUCCAGUCAAGCCAGAUGAAAAGGCGCCGAGCCCAGUCAAGCCUGACGAACUUGAGGUUAAGGAGAUCACACCAGAAGAGAAAGAGCUCAGUCCAGUCAAGCCAGAUCAAAAGGCGCCGAGCCCAGUCAAGCCUGACGAAUUUGAAGUUAAGGAGAUAAAACCAGAAGAGAAAAAGCCCAGUCCAGUCAAGCCAGAGGAAAAGGCGCCGAGCCCAGUCAAGCCUGACGAAUUUGAGGUUAAGGACAUAAAACCAGAAGAGAAAGAGUCCAGUCCAGUCAAGCCAGGGGAAAAGGCGCCGAGCCCAGUCAAGCCUAACGAACUUGAGGUUAAGGAGAUCAAACCAGAAGAGAAAGAGCCCAGUCCAGUCAAGCCAGAUCAAAAGGCGCCGAGCCCAGUCAAGCCUGACGAACUUGAGGUUAAGGAGAUCAAACCAGAAGAGAAAGAGCCCAGUCCAGUCAAGCCAGAUCAAAAGGCGCCGAGCCCAGUCAAGCCUGACGAACUUGAGGUUAAGGAGAUCAAACCAGAAGAGAAAGAGCCCAGUCCAGUCAAGCCAGAUCAAAAGGCGCCGAGCCCAGUCAAGCCUGACGAACUUGAGGUUAAGGAGAUCAAACCAGAAGAGAAAGAGCCCAGUCCAGUCAAGCCAGAUGAAAAGGCGCCGAGCCCAGUCAAGCCUGACGAAUUUGAGGUUAAGGAGAUAAAAUCAGAAGAGAAAGAGCCCAGUCCAGUCAAGCCAAAGGAAAAGGCGCCGAGCCCAGUCAUGGCUGAUGAAAAGGUGCCUAGCCCAGUAAAGCCGGAAGACCAUGUGGUUAAGGAGAUCAAACCAGAAGAAAAAGAGCCAAGCUUAGUCAAAUUUGAUGAGAAGGCCCCUAUCCCAGUCAAGUUUGUUGAGAAAGCUCCUAGCCCAGUCAAGCCUGAUGAAAAGGUACCUAGCCCAGUCAAACCAGAAGAGAAAGAGCCCACUCCAGUCAAGCCUGAUGAGAAGGCUAUAAGUCCAGUCAAACCUGAUGAGCUUGAAUUUAAAGAUCUCAUACGAGAAGAGAAAGAGCCCAGUCCAUUCAAGCCUGACGAAAAAGUGCCGAGCCUAGUCAAACCAGAAGAGAAAGAGCCCACUCCAGUCAAGCCUGAUGAGAAGGCUCUUAGCCCAGUCAAGCUUGAUGAAAAGGUGCCUAGCCCAGUCAAACCUGAUGAAAAGAUGCCUAGCCCAAUCAAGCCUGAAGAGCUUGAGGUUAGGGAGAUCAAACCAGAAGAGAAAGAGCCCAGUCCAGUCAUAUCCGAUGAGGUGGCUCUUAGCCCAGUUAAACUUGAUGAGCUGGAAGUUGAGGAAAUCAAACCAGCACAGAAAGAGCCCAGCCCAGUCAAGCAUGAGGAGCUUGUACUUAAGAAGAUCAAACCAGAAGAGAAAGACCCAAGCCCAGCCAAAGUUGAUGAGAAGGCCCCUCCAUCAAUAAAGCCUGACGAGAAGGCUUCUAGCCCAGUUAGGCCUGUGAAAUCGGGAAAAGAAUCGUUUGGUCUCGAAGAACUUGAAUAUCAGGAAAAACUUAAAAAAACUGUCGCCAUCGAUCUAUUAUCACAAGAAAUUACGAGAGAUAUGUCUGAAGUCUUUCUCAGCAAGGUUCCUGUAAUAGAAACUAGUUCGGAGAAAGAAUAUCAGACCGUCAAAAACGAUGUUGUAGAAACAGAUAAAUUUACGUCAAUACUAACAGGACUCCAUGAUAUCAAAAAGAAAAGUGAAAUUGAAACAAGUGUAGAUAUAUCUUCCGAAAUUUUGGAAGACGAUAUACCAAGCCCAGAGUUAAUACAAGAUACUUAUGUAGAAACCAAACCUAUAAUAUCUGUUGAACCUAACGUUAUUAAAAAACCUGAAACCGAAAAACAAUUUGAUGUUGAUACUAUAAGAACCGAGAGAGAAUCAAGUCCUCUGUCGGAGAAAGAAGGCUUAAAACAAUAUAUGUCAGAAAAAGACGAAGAAGAAAUAUCAACGACGGACACCAUUAAGCCGACAGCUAUGGUUGAAGAAUCGAUUGUAACAACCAAAGAUGUAACAUCAAAAACACCAGCAGAAGAAUUGUUAACCAAAUCAAAAGAACUCCCUACGACGAUUAGUCACGCAAUCGAUAAAAUCACGAAACAUAUCGUUUCUGACAAACUUGAUGAAAAGCAAGUAAGUUUAGAAAAGGAUAUUCAUGGAAUCAUGGAAGCGAAACCUGUUACUGAAAUCGAUGGUGAAAAGAAACCAGUCUCAGAUAAAGAAAAGCCCGAGAAAACAAUUUGUAGCCCACUUGAGUCCGAGAAGCUGCUAAGCCCGGCAAAGUUAGAAGAGAAAGAACUUAUUGUAGAUAAACUUAAAUCAAAGGAAAAAGCUCCCAGUACAGUUGAGCCGGAUAAGGUGUCAAUGCUGAUCAAACCAGAAAAGAAAAAGGUCGAUGAACGCGAGGUACAGGAAAAAGCUUCUAUCCUCGACAAACCGAAACCCGAUGAUAAGUUGAAAAAGAUAACUAAGAAAGAAAUAGAAACAACUUUCAAAGAUGAUGAAAAAGACAUCGAUGAACAUGAAAUAGUAUUAGUUCGAGAUAGUAGUUCAGAGGAAGUGUCGAAAGAAGCGAGCUUAGAAGAAAAGUAUAGUUUUGAACAAAGUGAAAAAAUUGACAAAAAGCCUCUAGCGGAUUUAACAACCCAAGAAGACAAAUUACCAUUAGAUGAUAUUAGUAGCUAUACAGACUCCAUUCAAUCAUUUACGAGCCAAAAAGAACCGGAAUCUAUAAAACCGAUCGAUGAUAAAAAGAAAAAACAUUUCCCGGAAGUUGGAUCACCUAGAGAUGAAGUCGCUAUGUCUGAGGCAUCGGAUUCUGGUGUUCACAGCAUUCUUAUGGAAGGAGAUCACAUAUCAUCAGUUGUUGACGAACACAUACAAACACAGUCAAUCAAAGAUAGCGCUGCACAUCUUAUGGAAUCGAUCCACAAAGCGUUCGGGGAUGAAAAUAUUCAACAGGGUAUUAAAACUGAAAGCUUAGAAGCGCUCGCUAUUCGAUCAGAAAUCGACAGGGUUUCAACCCCACCAACUGUGCCUGUAUCUCCGCUUCCAAAAACACCUAGCAGUUUCCAAGAUGUCAAAAUGGCUGAUGGUAUUCAAAGCGAAGUCACUUAUGACAAAUCAGAUGGUAGUGAAGAGACCAUAACCAAAGUUGUUCAUGUAGGCGAAGACGUUCUUACGCAGAAGAUUUCAACUUCUACAGAAAAGGUUCCUAAAGUACCGAAGACUACUGAUAUAGACGGUGAUUCAGACCUAUUAACUUUAAUGCAAACAGUUGGUAAAAUUAAGACUGAAACUGAUACAGUAACUAAAAUAAUUAAGGAAGGUGAAAAUGUUGUAACACAAACAAUUACAACAGUUACCACAAAAGAAAUAAUUUCGCGUGAAGAUGGGACGCCUCAAAACAUAAAGACCACAAUAGAAACUACAACGCUGAGUAAAGGUCCUGACGGUUCCAUAACUACUACUAAAGAUACACAAACCUUACUCUCAGAAUGUUCUUCCAGUCUUAGAUCUACCUCACAAAUGGACCUAUAUGCCAAAGAAAGUAAAAUAGACAAAGAUUACCUUGACUCUAGUGAUGAAAAAUCGGAAACUUUAAGCACUUUCCAAAUAAAAGACAUAACAGAGAAAAUUCACGAUCGAGAUUCUUACUUUGUAAGAAAAGACCUGGAGUCCUUCAUUUCUGAAAGCGAUGAUGUUGAUGACAAUAUUGAAGAUACAGUUAUCGACACUGAUGUAAGUAAGAGGAUCGUCAAGGAAAACAAUAUAGACAUCAUAGAGACUAUUACUACAAUAACUAAAAAGGAAACUAUUAGAAUAAGCGAUACGAACAAGAUACUUAGAACUACUGUUGAAACUAAUAUUACAAAGGAACAUCCAGAUGGAUCUAAAGAUGUUCAAAAGAAUGUCGAAGUAAAAACUGAAGAAUUGGUACUCGACUCUAGCAGCAAUUUAGACAAAAUACUAAGUGAAUACGUAAUUUAUGGUGAGCCGGAAGAAAGUGUCACCACGAAGAUAGAAGAAGUUAAGCAAGAAACAUUUAUUAUUAAACGCACAAUAGUGACUCGAAUUGUGAAGACCAAGUACGCCGAUACACACGGUAUUCCGCGUAAAUUGAAGACUGUCACCACUGUUACUACAACUGACGAAUACCCUGACGGAUCAGCAAGAACUAAGGUCGAUAGUAGCACUACCUUGACUGAUAUUGAAACAGAAACUGUUGAAACACAAGAAAUCCAAGAAUUUACAGAAGUAGAAGAUAAAACUGUUGAAACUGAUAAACAAGAAAAAUCAGUGCUUAUUAAUGGAAAAAGUGUUUUGCAAAUUAUAACAACCAUAACGACAAAAGAAAUGCUUACAAAUAAGGACAAAACUAAGAGAAAACUUAAAACCACCGUAGAAACCGUAACAGAAACUAUGUUACCAGAAGGCAUGACGGAAGUAACCAAGGACGUAAAGGUUUCUGUAUGCGACUGUUCACUUGACGAUGUUAAGGAAAGUUUGGAGGGAUACGAACCUAUUGGUCAACCAAAAGAAUACACUGUAACUGAAGAAGAAUCUAUUGUUGAAAACGGCAUUUUAAUCAAGAGAAGAAAGACUACUACUACGAUAGUUGAACAGUUUAAAAACAUUAUUGAAAAACUAAAACGUACCAGAACAACAGUAAUUAUUGUUACCGAAGAUGAGCAUCCUGAUGGGUCCAUCAUAACAAAGACAAGUGAAAGGGUAUCCGUAGUUGAAGAAAUUCUUGACGGCUUCGAAUAUAAAAGUGAUUUAGACAAAGAUAGACAAGAAAUUGUACCUCAACAAGACAUACCACAAGCAAAACCUGUAAAACCCACGGUAGACAAAGAUAUGCCACGUGAAGAACCACCAAAAGAGAAAGCACCAGUUGCUAUUGUAGAAGAAAUAUCACCAGAAGCAAUGAAAAUAGAAAAAGCGCUUGAGGAUCUCGUACUUGCAGAAGAACCAGAAAUUACAGAGACCACUAAAAUUGAAGAAAUUAUGGAAGAAGAAAUAAUUAUCAGACGGGUUAUUGUUAUGAAAAUUAUUAGAACGAAAUACGCCGACCGACAAGGUGUACUCAGAAAAUUAAAGACAGUGACUAUUACCACCACAACUGAUAACUAUCCGGAUAGUACCGCACGCACGCAUGUAGAGACCAGCACUAUGCUUUCUGAUAUCGAGCAAGACGUAGAGGAUGUCAUUGAAGAAAGUCUUCAAGGCUUUGAACCGGUCGGCAAACCUAAAGAAGACACCGUCACAAAAAUUGAAACAAUUACAGAAGGUGGCAUUAUUAUCAAGAGACACCUGACAGUAAUUACAAUUACACAAGAAUUUAAUAACGGUAUUACUAAAACAAAACGAACUAAAACUACCAUAAAAACUAUCACAGAGGACGAAUAUCCUGAUGGAUCCGUAGUAACGAGAACUUCAGAGAAAGCAUCAUUGGUUGACGAGACUCUUUUGGCUCCAAUACAAGAUGGCGUCGAAUCUUCGGACGACGAAGAUACUUACAAACUAGAAGUCCUCAAGGAUCUUACUCCAGAUGGCGAGCCUGAAAUAACCGAAACAACUCAAACAGAAGAUGUUAAAGAAAAAGAUAUUAUAAUAAAGCGAACAAUCAUUACAAGAAUUGUAAAGACUAAGUAUUCCGAUAGCCAAAAAGUGGUGAGAAAAGUAAAGACUGUCACUACUAUAACUAAUACUGAUCAAUAUCCUGAAGGAACAGCCUAUACAACAGUAGACACACACGUGGUGGUGACUGAUGUAGAAAUGAACGGAACUGUUACGCCCUCAGAGCCUAUAGAAAAUGAUAUCAUAAUGAAAGAUAUGCCUAUCAAGAAAUUACCUUCGCAUAUCGAUAAAAUAUAUGCUCCUGAAAAGAAAUCGGAAACAGACCAAAUGUCUGUGACAAAAGAAGUUACUGAAAAAGUAGCACCCAAAGAACAAGUCGUGCCUGUCUCGAAGGAACCCUUACCAGAGAGAGAAGUUUCUGAGAAGGAAUCACCCAAAGAACAACUUGCACCCAUCUCGAAGGAGCCCUCACCAGAGAAAGAAGUUUCUGAAAAGGAACCACCUAAAGAACAAGUUGCACCUAUCUCGAAGGAGCCUUCAUCAGAGAAAGAAAUUCCUGAAAAGGAAUCACCCGAAGAACAUGUUGCACCUAUCUCGAAGGAGCCCUCACCAGAGAAAGAAGUUCCAGAAAAAGCAUCACCGAAAGAACAGGUCGCGCCUGUUUCGAAGGAGCCCUCACCAGAAAGAGAAGUUCCUGAAAAGGUAGAAGCUAAAGAACAAGUUGCACCUAUCUUGGAGGAGCCCUCACAAGAGAAAGAAGUUCCUGAAAAAGACUCACCCAAAGAACAAGCUGCACCUAUCUCAAAGGAGCCCUCACCAGAAAAAGAAGUUCCUGACAAGGCACCACCCAAAGAAAAGGUCGCGCCUGUUUCGAAGGAGCCCUCACCAGAAAGAGAAGUUCCUGACAAGGCCCCACCCAAAGAACAAGUCACGCCUGUUUCGAAGGAGCCCUCACCAGAAAGAGAAGUUCCUGACAAGGCACCACCCAAAGAACAAGUCACGCCUGUUUCGAGGGAGCUCUCGCCAGAGAAAGAAGUUCCAGAAAAAACAUCACCUAAAGAACAAGUUGCAACCAUCUCGAAGGAGCUCUCAUUAGAUAAAACAGUUCCCGAGAAGGAAUCACCCAAAGAACAAGCUGCACUUAUCUCGAAAGAGCCAUCACCAGAGAAAGAAGUUCCAGAAAAAGUAUCACCUAAAGAACAGGUCGCACCUGUUUCGAAGGAGCCCUCACCAGAAAGAGAAGUUCCUGAAAAGGUAGAUGCUAAAGAACAAGUUGCACCUAUCUUGAACGAGCCCUCACAAGAGAAGGAAGUUCCUGAAAAAGACUCACCCAAAGAACAAGUUGCACCUAUCUCGAAGGAGCCCUCACCAGAAAAAGAAGUUCCUGACAAGGCACCACCCAAAGAAAAGGUCGCGCCUGUUUUGAAGGAGCCCUCACCAGGAAGAGAAGUUCCUGAAAAGGUAGAAGCUAAAGAACAAGCUGCACUUAUCUCGAAGGAGCCAUCACCAGAAAAAGAAGUUCCUGAGAAGGAAUCACCCAAAGAACCAGUCACGUCUGUCUCGAAGGAGCCCUCGCCAGAGAAAGAAGUUCCAGAAAAAGCAUCACCAAAAGAGAAGGUCGCGCCUGUUUCGAAGGAGCCCACACCAGAAAGAGAAGUUCCUGACAAGGCACCACCCAAAGAACAAGUCACGCCUGUUUCGAAGGAGCCCUCACCAGAAAGAGAAGUUCCUGACAAGGCACCACCCAAAGAACAAGUCACGCCUGUUUCGAAGGAGCUCUCGCCAGAGAAAGAAGUUCCAGAAAAAACAUCACCUAAAGAACAAGUUGCAACCAUCUCGAAGGAGCUCUCAUUAGAGAAAACAGUUCCCGAGAAGGAAUCACCCAAAGAACAAGCUGCACUUAUCUCGAAAGAGCCAUCACCAGAGAAAGAAGUUCCAGAAAAAGUAUCACCUAAAGAACAGGUCGCACCUGUUUCGAAGGAGCCCUCACCAGAAAGAGAAGUUCCUGAAAAGGUAGAUGCUAAAGAACAAGUUGCACCUAUCUUGAAGGAGCCCUCACAAGAGAAAGAAGUUCCUGAAAAAGACUCACCCAAAGAACAAGUUGCACCUAUCUCGAAGGAGCCCUCACCAGAAAAAGAAGUUCCUGACAAGGCACCACCCAAAGAAAAGGUCGCACCUGUUUCGAAGGAGCCCUCACCAGAAAGAGAAGUUCCUGAAAAGGUAGAAGCUAAAGAACAAGUUGCACCUAUCUUAAAGGAGCGAUCACCAGAAAGAGAAGUUUCUGAAACGGUAGAAGCUAAAGAACAAGUUGCACCUAUCUUGAAGGAGCCCUCACAAGAGAAAGAAGUUCCUGAAAAAGACUUACCCAAAGAACAAGUUGCACCUAUCUCGAAGGAGCCCUCACCAGAAAAAGAAGUUCCUGACAAGGCACCACCCAAAGAAAAGGUCGCGUCUGUUUCGAAGGAGCCCUCACCAGGAAGAGAAGUUCCUGAAAAGGUAGAAGCUAAAGAACAAGCUGCACUUAUCUCGAAGGAGCCAUCACCAGAAAAAGAAGUUCCUGAGAAGGAAUCACCCAAAGAACCAGUCACGUCUGUCUCGAAGGAGCCCUCGCCAGAGAAAGAAGUUCCAGAAAAAGCAUCACCAAAAGAGAAGGUCGGGCCUGUUUCGAAGGAGCCUUCACCAGAAAGAGAAGUUCCUGAUAAGACACCACCCAAAGAACAAGUCACGCCUGUUUCGAAGGAGCCCUCGCCAGAGAAAGAAGUUCCAGAAAAAGCAUCACCUAAAGAACAAGCUGCACUUAUCUCGAAGGAGUCAUCACCAGAAAAAGAAGUUCCUGAAAAAGACUCACCCAAAGAACAAGUUGCACCUAUCUCGAAGGAGCCCUCACCAGAAAAAGAAGUUCCUGACAAGGCACCACCCAAAGAAAAGGUCACGCCUGUUUCGAAGGAGCCCUCACCAGGAAGAGAAGUUCCAGAAAAAGCGUCACCAAAAGAACAGAUCGCGCCUGUUUCGAAGGAGCCCUCACCAGAAAAAGAAGUUCCUGACAAGGCACUACCCAAAGAACCAGUCACGCCUGUUUCGAAGGAGCUCUCGCCAGAGAAAGAAGUUCCAGAAAAAGCAUCACCUAAAGAACAAGUUGCAACUAUCUCGAAGGAGCUCUCAUUAGAGAAAGCAGUUCCUGAAAAGGAAUCACCCAAAGAACAAGCUACACUUAUCUCGAAGGAGCCAUCACCAGAAAAAGAAGUUCCUGAGAAGGAAUCACCCAAAGAACAUGUUGCACCUAUCUCGAAAGAGCCCUUAUCAAAGAAAGAAGUUCCUGAGAAGGUAUCACCCAAAGAACAUGUUGCACCUAUCUCGAAGGAGCUCUCACUAGAGAAAGAAAUUCCCGAGAAGGAAUCAUCCAAAGAACAAGUUGCACCUAUCUUGAAGGAGCAUUCACCAGAGAAAGAAGUUCCUGAGAAGGAAUCACCCAAAGAACAAGUUGCACCUAUCUCGAAGGAGCCCUCACCAGAAAGAGAAGUUCCUGAGAAGAUAGUGCCAAAGGAACAUGAAGUGACUGCAACAAAGGAGCCCUUAUCAAAGAAAGAAGUUCUUGAGAAGUCAUCACCAAAAGAUCAGGUCGCGCCUGCUUUGAAAGAGCUAUCACCGCAAAAGGAUAUAAGUGAUAUAUUGGCGUCUUCUGUAGAAGUAAUUCCCGGAACAUUAAAAAUAGAAAAAUCCUUGCAAGACUUAAUUCCUGUUGAAGAACCAGAAGUAACUGAGACCACUGAAAUUGAAGAAAUUAAGGAUAAAGAAAUAAUUAUUAGACGAGUUAUAGUUACUAGAAUUGUCAAGACAAAAUAUGCUGACAAGCAAGGUAUUCUUCGGAAACUAAAAACUGUCACUACGCUUACAACUACCGAUACAUUCCCUGACAGUUCCACACGCACUCAAGUAGAAACUAGCACUAUGCUGGAAGAUAUUGAGCAUCAACCAAUCGAAGUCACUGAAGAAAGUCGAGAAGGAUUCGCAGCAGUCGGCAAGCCUACAGAAGAUAUUAUAACAAAAACAGAAACAAUUACAGAAAAUAAUGUUCAUAUUAAAAGACACACGACAAUAACUACAAUCGUUCAAGAAUUCCACAACAUAGUUACUAAAACCAAGCGCACUAAAACCACCAUUAGGACUGUCACAGAAGACGAAUAUCCUGACGGCUCUGUGGUAAAGAAGACUUCCGAAAAAGUUUCUGUAGUAGACGACACUUUAAUGACUACGUUUGGAGAUGAUGUUAAAUCUUCAGUCAGUAUUGGACUUGAAGACUUUAAGGAUCUCAUUCCUGAAGAUAAGCCCGAAGAAACUGAAACUAUUGAAACUGAGGAAAUCAAGGACAAGGGCAUCAUAAUUCAACGUACGAUAGUAACCAGAAUCGUUAAAACGAAGUACUCCGAUAAAGAAGGCACAUUGAAAAAAGUCAAAAUUGUCACUACAGUAACAACUACUGACCAUUAUCCUGACGGAGCGAAACACACAACAGUCAAUACUAGCAUUUCAAUUACUGAUAUUGAAGUUAGCCCUUUAACUAGUGAGUCGCUUGAAGAGGACAUCGCUGAAAGGGACUUGUUAAAGGAACCCGUAACACAGGAAUAUGCCCCAAAGAAAGAAGCUCCUGAACAAAAUGGCUUUCUUUUAAAGGACCCCUCACCUGAAACUGAAGUUCCUGAGAAGGCAGCGCCCAAAAAACAAGUUGCAUCUAUCUCGAAGGAUUCCUCACCAGAGAAAGAAAUUACUGACAAGACUACGCCAAAAGAACAUAUUGUGCUCGUAACGAAGGAGCCUGCGCCAGAGAAAGAAGUUCCUGAGAAAGCAUCACCCAAAGAACAAGUCGCGCUUGUUCCGAAGGAGGUUUUACCAGAGAAAGAAAUUCCUGAGAAGCCAUCACCCAAAGAACAACUUGCACCCAUCUCGAAGGAGCUCUCACCAGAGAAAGAAGUUUCUGACAAGACUGCGCUAGAAGAUCAUGUUGUUCCUGUGACGAAGGAACCCUCACCAGAAAAAGAAAUUCCUGAAAAAACUGCGCCAAAAGAACAUGUGCCCGUUACGAAGGAGCCUUCGCCAGAUAAAGAAGUUCCUGAGAAAGCAUCACCCAAAGAACAAGUUGCACCUAUCUCGAAGGAACCCUUACCAGAAAGAGAAAUUACUGACAAGACUUCGCCUCAAAAACAUGUUGUGCCCGUUACGAAGGAGCCUUCGCCAGAGAAAGAAGUUCCUGAGGAAGCAUCACCCAAAGAACAAGUCGCGCCUGUUUCGAAGGACCCCUCACUAGAGAAAGAAAUUCCUGAGAAGACUGCGCCAAAAGAAUAUGUUGUGCCUGUAACGAAGGAACCCUCACUAGAGAAAGAAAUUCCUGAAAAGACUGCGCCAAAGGAACACUUUGUGCCCAUAACAAAGGAGCCUUCGCCAGAGAAAGUUCCUGAGAAACCAUCACCCAAAGAACAAGUCGCGCCUGUUUCGAAGGAGGCUUCACCAGAGAAAGACAUUCCUGAGAAAACAUCACCCGAAGAACAUGUCGCGCCUGUUUCAAAGGAGCCUUCACCAGAAAAAGAAAUUCCUGAAAAGACUGCGCCAAAGAAAGAAGUUCUGGAGAAGGCAUCACCCAAAGAACAAGUCACGUCUGUCUCGAAGGAGUCUUCACCUGAAAAGGAAGUUCCCGAAAAGGCAGCACCAAAAGAACAUCUAGUACCUACAACACAGGAUCUUUCACCAGAACAAGAUGUUUCUGAAAAGGCUGCGCCAAAAGAACAAGUCGCGCUAGUAUCAAAGGAGCCUUCAACAGAAGAAACCACACCAGAAAGUUUGAAAAUUGAGGAUGCCCUUAGAGAUCUCAUGCCUGCCGCAGAACCAGAAAUAGCCGAAACUACUGAAACUGAGGAAAUUAAAGAGAAAGAUAUUAUUAUUCGACGAGUUAUAGUAACAAAAAUCGUCAGAACAAAAUAUGCGGAUAAGCAAGGUAUCCUUAGAAAACUAAAGUCGGUCACUACCAUUACCACUUCUGAUAACUUCCCAGAUGGCUCUGUGAGCACUCAGAUAGAGACGUACACUACGUUGGCUGACAUUGAGCAAGAUAUGGAAGACGUCAUUGACGAUAGCUUAGAAGGAUUUGAGCCAAUUGGUAAGCCUAAAGAAGACACUACAACCCAAACUGAAAUUAUAAAGGAAGGUGUCACCGUCAUAAAACGGCGAAUUACUUUGAUAACUAUUGUACAAGAAUUCCAAAAUGUCACUACUAUGACAAAACGCACUAAAACUACUAUCAGAACUAUCACAGAAGAUGAACAUCCUGAUGGAUCUGUGAUUACCAAGACCAGUGAGAAAGUAUCUUUAGUUGAUGAGUCAAUGGAACCUCAAUUAGAGAAUGGUGUUGAAUAUUCCGAUGAUGAGGAAGCUCAAAAGAUUGAAACUGUUCUUAAGCAACUCAAACCUACAGGCCAACCGGAGGAAAGUGAGACAAUUGAAACAGAAGAAAUCAAAGAAAAAGACAUAAUUAUAAGAAGGACUAUUGUUACCAAAACUGUAAAGACGCAAUACGCAGACAGCAAAGGAGUCUUAAGAAAAAUAAAAAUUGUAACUAGUGUAUCUACAACUGAUCAAUAUCCCGACGGAAGUGCUCGUACAACUGUCGAUACAAGUAUAUCUGUUAUGGAUGCUGACGUACUUGAAACAGAAUUAGACGACAAAGAUAUUAGUAAGAAAGCAAUUACACUACCAGUACGAAAAGAAUCAAAAGAACUGACUCAAAAAGAUAUUCCUGCAGUAAAAGAGACAAUUCCAUCUUCACAAGAAAUGACACCAGAGAGUCGCAAGAUUCAGGAAGCCAUUAAAGAUUUAGUUCCUGCAGAAGAACCAGAAGUAACAGAAACUACAAUUACUGAAGAAAUUAAAGAACUAGAAAUUAUUAUUAUUCGAAUAAUCGUUACCAGAAUCGUCAAAACGAAAUACGCCAAUAAGCAAGGUGUCCUCCUGAAAUUGUUGACUGUAACUACAAUUACUACCAUGGAUAACUUCCCUGAUGGGUCUGUACGUACUCAGGUACAGACUAGCACCACCCUUACUGACAUAGAGCAUGAAACAGACGACAGCGAAGAAAAUCUAGAAGGCUUUGAACCAUUUGGAGAACCUAAAGAAGAUACAACAACAAAAACCGAGAUAGUUAAAGAAGGUACUUUAGUCAUCAAACGAAAAAUUACUGUGAUAACUAUUGUACAAGAAUUCCAAAACGUGACCAUCAUGACAAAACGCACUAAGACUAUCGUCAGAACUAUCACGGAAGACGAAUAUCCUGACGGAUCUGUAACAACAAAGACCAGUGAGAAAGUAUCUUUAGUUGACAAAUCGAUUGAACAUCAGUUAGAAGAUAGUGUCGAAUACUCUGGCGAUGAAGACGCUACCAAGAUUGAGGCUAUGCUUAAAGAUCUUAUUCCUGCAGAUAAACCAGAAGAAGUUGAGACAAUCGAAACAGAGGAAAUCAAACAAGAAGGUAUCAUAAUUAGGAGAACUAUUGUUACUAGAAUAGUGAGGACACGAUAUGCUGACAUAACGGGAGUUUUAAGAAAGCUAAAAACUGUGACUAGAAUAACUAUUACUGAUCAGUAUCCUGAUGGAUCAGCACGUACAACUGUUGAUACACAGACUUUUGUUAAAGACAUUGAAACUCCUGAAAAUUUGGAAAAAGAAGUGCCUAAAAAAGAAUUGCCGCUUGAGAAAUCUGUAGCGCCAGUCGAAACGCAAAUUGAAAAAGAAGAACCCACAUCAGAAAGUAUAAAAAUUGAAGCCGCCCUUAAAGAUCUAGUGCCUUUAGAAGAACCAGAAAUUACCGAAACCACAGAUACUGAAGAAAUUAAAGAAAAAGAAAUAAUAAUCAGACGUUCUAUCAUCACACGAAUAGUAAAAACAAAGUACGCAGAUAAACAAGGGGUUCUCAAGAAGCUAAAAAUAGUAACUACUGUAACCACCACCGACAACUGUCCUGACGGCUCCGCCCGCACUCAAGUGGAAACGAGCACCACCUUGACUGACAUCGAACACGAAGCUGCUGACGUUAUCGAAGAAAGUCUUGAAGGCUUUGAGCCACUGGGUAGUCCUACUGAAGAGACCACUACAGAGACUGUCACAGUUAGUGAAGAUGGUAUUAUUAUUCACAGAAAGAUUACAAUUACCACAACCAUACAAGAGUACCAAAACGUCACAACUAAGAUCAAGCGCACAAAAACUACUACAAAGACUGUCACAGAGGACGAGCAUCCCGAUGGUUCUGUAGUUACGAAAACGAGUGAGAAGGUGUCUCUAGUUGAUGAGUACUUAGAAAAACCUCACGACGAUGACAUAGAACAUUUAGACGACGAUGAAAGAAAAAUUGAAGCCGCCUUAAGCGACCUUGUUCCUGAAGAAAAACCAGAGGAAAUCGAAAGUACAACAACAGAAGAAAUACGAGAAAAGGAUAUCAUAAUUAGGCGCACUAUCUCCACUAAAAUUAUCAAAACCAAAUAUUCAGAUACUCGGGGAGUAUUAAGGAAGGUGAAGACUGUAACAACAGUAACUACUACUGACCAAUAUCCUGACGGCUCAGCACGCACAACUGUUGACACAAGUACCUCAGUUACUGAUAUAGAAGUAGAAGAAUUACCACAAGUUCAAGAUUUGAAAGAAUUUUCAAGUCUUGAAGACAAAACCGUAAGUGUUGAUUCACAACAGAAAAUGACAAUAAGGGAUGGUAAAGAAGUACAACAAAUUAUUACUACAACCACAACAAAGGAAAUAUUGGCAUCAGCAGAUGGAUCAAAGAAAAAGAUAAGAACAACUACAGAAGUCGUUACUGAAACAGAAUUGCCAACUGGAGUAACAGAAGUUACUAAAGAUGUUAAAGUUUCAGUAGCUGAUUACGGCAUUGAGUCCUUUGAUGAAAACUUAAGUGGAUACGCAGAAAUUGGUGAUCCAGAAGAACACAGCACAUCAGAAACUGAAACAGUAGUAGAAAAUGGUAUAAAUAUUAUAAGAAAAACUACUGUAACUACAAUAAGACAAGAAUUCGAAAAUGCUUUAAUAAGAUCCAGAAAAAUUAAAACAAUCGUUAAGACUAUUGUAGAAGAUGAACAUCCUGAUGGUACUGUCAUCACUAAAAAGAGUGAGAAAGUAUCCAUUGCAGAUGUAUUCCUUAAAACGCCAGGUCCAGUAGAUUAUGACGAAAGCGAACCUCCGGCGUACAUUGACGAUAAUGAGAUCGUCGAAGACACAACAGAGGACUCUGAUGUUAAACAUGAAAUCAUCCAACAAGGUUCGAUUACAAUUAAACGCACAAUCACAACUAAAACAAAGCGUGAAACAUUAGCUAGCUCAGACAAAAAUAUAAAACGAGUAAGAACAACUGUUGAAACGACUACGGUUGAUGAGUUCCCUGAUGGUUCGACAGAGACCACUAAAGAUGUCAAAAUAACGAUUUCUGAGUUCCAAAAGACCUCCGGCAGCGAUUUACAAGCGGCCUUACAAGGCUUAAGCUCUACUGGUAAAGUAAAAACUUCAGUUGAUAAGAAAACUAACAUCUUUACCGAAGACGCUGAAAGAAUACAACAAACUGUUACCAAAUAUGUAACUAAAGAAGAGCUUAAAAAUAAUGAAACUAGCGAAAUCGCUGUUAAAACGGUCACAGAAACAAUUACUGAGAACGCGAGGGAUGACGGCACUAUCGAAACCACGAAAGACGUCAAAACACAAAUCACUUAUUUACCAAUAGGAACUGGACUCGAUGACUGGUCACCAGAAGAGUUGGAAGAAAUUGAAAAACAGCCAUUAGCACAAGAGGAUAAAGUAAUUCCAAGUGACCUCCCACAUAAACCUAAAGAAGAAUCAAAACUAGAUGCUAAACCAAAGAAACAGCGUUCUCCAGUUGGUGAAGUAACAACUGACACCGAAACUUACACGAAAGUUAUUAAAGAAGGAGAUAACGAAAUAACACAAACCAUUACAGUUGUCACAACCAAAGAAGUGAUUAGCUCAGAUAAAAUUAAGAUUACUGUAGAAACAACCACAGUUAGCAAAGGUAGUGACGGCGUAACUAAAACCACAAAAUCGACGAAGACCACGAUCGCUGAAUAUGAUGAACUUAUUGACACUGGUGAAAGUGAAAAAUCAUUCUCGAAACUCUCUUCAAGGACCGGUGACAUGCGUAGUUCGUCAGCUGCUAGUGACGAUUUGGAUCAUCACGGAAUAUCAUCGCCGCCUUCAGACAUCAGUUCAAGAGCCGCCACACACGCGUGGGGUACGGAAAGCAGUGGUAUGUACUACAGCGACGACGACGGUCAGGGAAGUCCAAGCAGCACAAAAUCACAAAUCGCACAUUCACCUAGGUCGAAUCUAAGUUUCGAGCUAGACACAAAACUGCCAUCACAGAGGGAGUCGAGUCAAGAAAUGUUAUACGACAAACACGACUCGUUUAUGCUCCACAAGGAUCCUAUGACGACAUCGAUCUACGGACAAUUUGCAGAGGACGAUUCGUGCACCUCUUCAUCACAUUCCGAAACCAAGACUGUAGUCCAUAGUUACGACUCGAAGUCUGUUAGUAAAAUGACUGAAGAUUUCUUGACUCAUGAAAAACAAAAAUCCGAACACACAACCCACAGUAAGAGUGACACAACGUUCUUGCAAGAGGCUGAUGAACAUUUCGAGAAGGCCAUUGAAGAACACAAGAAAGUGAGUGGAUCUGAUGUGAUCUCGAGUAUAACUGCCAAAUACGAACUCGACAAGAGAUCUCAGUCAAGCUCUAGUCACACUUCUUCAAAAGAAGACGGUGUUAUCACAUUAAAGGACAUUAAAUCAGAAUCCAAGAAAAUGACAGAAUCCAGCUCAACGAGCAAGGAAUCAAAGACUAAAAAAUCAGACACUGAUUCAAAGGAUCCUAUUGCAUCUUGGGGCAAACCACUUGGCCUACCAAGUCCAAUAAUGCCACCGACCCAAUCGGACGGUAAGAGCACGCCUAAAAAACAGACGCCUAGUUCGACUGUGUUGAAUAAGAACAAGUUAAAUCAGGAGAAGAGCAAAGAAGCGAAGCGGGCUUCGGAGUCGCCGAGCAAGAAGAAGGCGCCAGCGCCUGUGUACAUGGAGCUGACGUAUGUACCUCACCAUGGCAACUCAUACUACUCGGCCAUCGAAUUCUUCAAACGAGUCCGGGCGCGAUACUACGUGUUCUCUGGGACCGAACCCUCGAAAGAGAUCUACAACGCACUCUUAGAUGCCAAGAAAACUUGGGAAGAUAAAGAUUUGGAAGUGACCAUAAUCCCCACGUACGACACGGACGUGCUUGGCUACUGGGUGACUGAGAACGAGGAGGCGCUCGAGAAAUACAAGAUCGACUUGUCGCCGUCCGCCUCGCGCUGCACCAUCAACCUGCAAGACCACGAGACCUCCUGCGCCGCCUACAGACUCGAGUUCUAGGUGUCGGGACUAUUUGUAGCUUUCUCAUCGAAGAAGUGAAUCACUGGCCCACGGCCGCCCCUGAGGGUACCAAAGUAAAGUUAUUGUUUGUAGGAAAAAAAAUGGUCUGUGAUAAUGAAGGAUUGGGGCACGCCGCAGUGGUCGCUACUUCGCAUGAGAUAGUUUGCAAAUAGACAUGUGAUGUAACAUAAUUGACAGACUGUAAUGCGUUUGAUAUUAGUUUUUGUGAUGAAGUGCUGGUGUAAUGUAACUCCCUACUACGCCGCGGCGUCUCGCCGACCCCGAACAGUGUCCUCGCCGCAUCCAUAACGAGUCAAUAACCAAUUCUCGACCUAAACGGAAACGUCCAUUUUUUUCUAAAAAAAAUAAUAAUAUCAAAACAUAUUUCUAGUAGCUUCAUUGAAAUUAGCGAAGAUGCCAUUUUAAAAUUAUAUUUCUGAUGAUGUUUUAAAUAUUCGGAGUUGAUAAGUAGUGCUUUUAUAUACGACAUAUUUGACGCGUACGGUCCAUUUUGUUUAGCUGAACACCGCUUGUGCGUGUCACAUGAAACUUUUGCAUGUUAUUUUGCUACGGAACGCGUGUACUCUAACACAAAUACUUUAAGCAUACUUAGAGGACGUGACAAAAUGGGACUUAAAUUGUAAACCUGUGACGAGACUUUUCAUGUACUUUUAGAUCGAACUUUUAGAUUAUAAUCAUCUUAAAAAGAUGUAAUCGAGUCGCUCGACGGCUAACGGCGAGUUAGCCGCGCCCUGUUAGAUGUGACAAACGAACGCUGGACCGACAGAGGACACUUCCUUCACUUUAGAUAUUAUUAGACAAGUAAGGUGUGAUGAGAAAUCCAUAAGAUUUUUUUAUGCUUAAUAAACUUAUGCGAACCGUUGACCAUCGGCCGACACAAUUUGAAAUAACCGGACUAGACGCUCGAUACACGUACGAAAAUAUCUAAAAAAGCCUGCAUGUUUAGUUGUUUUUGCGUGUGCAGCGAGCGGACUAAUCCGAUGGGCCGAUCUAACGAAGUGACCUCUGUCAUUCCAGACAUAUAUGAGCCUAAAUCGAUAGAGAGCUUAACCGAUAUUAAAGAGGAUAUAUAAUAUAUGUUUUAGCUGAACUAUAACUAUACGAUCAUAUUUACAUUUGUUUGUUUGCUUGUUGCGUCGUAAUAUUUUAUAUAUAAUAUAGUUUUAACGAUGUGUUACGAUGUGAUUCAUUUCGAAAAUUAAACUAAUUUGGGAUCAUGGAAUCUCUUUACAUUGAUUGGCGUUAGAAAUGUUUAUUUUUGAUCAGUUGUUUAUUUUAUUUGUAUUUCUAGUCGAUACGACCCAAUGACGUAGUCUUAAAUUCGUUCCUAAACGUGUUGUUUUUUGUAAGAUUUUUCAAAGUAUUUUUUGCGAUGGAAUUUGUGUCUAAAUCCUUAUGUAAUUAUAGAUAACUACUCCAUUAGACAGUUAUUGUUUCCGACACUUGUGUGAGAGAAUGUUGAGAAUUCAUGAAGUUCACCUAGCGGGUAAGCUUCGGAGCUUUCUCUACGGUCUUAUACUUUAUUUUUGGCCAAACUAUAAAAUGGACAUUUUGAGUCAAUUAAUUUUAAGUCAUCCAUAGUGUUAAGCCGAUAUCACCGAAUCCAUCGCUUUCUUUGCCAACGUAUAGAAAAAAAUAUAGCGACCAUUUUUUUUCUAAUUACCUGAAAGCACCAGCACAAUGAUAAGACGACUAAAAGUGAUAGUACCGUUCGGAUAUUGGGUUUGUUUAAUUUUCGUACUUGUGAGUUUGGUUUUUAGUCGGAAUAUUGUUUGUAGUAUGUCUUGUUGGGAGAAGGCGAGCACAAUAUGUUUCCUACGUGGAUUUAUGCUUUAGGUAGUUAGAAUAUGAUACGUUACCAUCUCGUUGAGCCAGUCUAAGCCGGUUGCACAUCCACUUUGCCCGCGGCUUUCAGUCAGUAUCGAGUGGCCUCUAGCGGAAGCCCCGGCUUCGAUCAUCUCAUUUCCUGUGUAAAUCGGUGAUGACGUGAUGAUGGAUGAUUUUUUCAUAAAGGCUUUGUUGAUUUCGAAGCCUCUAUCCGAAACUAUUACUAUGUAUUUUAUAGCUAGAACUCUAAUUAAUGCAUAUUAUUAGGAAUUAUUAAAAAAAAUGUUAUUAAAUUAAGAAUUGUAUCAGCUUAGUGAACAUCAAUAGCUCUGAGAAAUAAAAUCAUUAUUGAAAUUAUUAAAUGUUGUAUUCUUCCGUGUUUACUUACUUAUUACUUUAAUGUUUAUCUUAUAUAUUAUAAAUAUAAUAAUUAUAUAAACUACUUUUUGGAUAGAGUUCAUCUAUUUAACAACACACUACUUGCAAAUAAAUGGUAGAUUUUAUUACAAAUAGUUGCAAGUCUUCAAGUUCACAUACUCUCCUUGAAUAAUGCCAACUAAUAUUCUUAUUAGAAGCUACAUACAACUUCAAAACUAGAUGAUGAACACAAGUAAGCUAGGCAUUCAGUUUCUAAAUAAAAUUCUGAAGUUUUUCCAACACUCUCCAUUAACUCUAAAUCCAAAUACUGCCAAACAAGAAUAUUAAAAAGUACUUUAUUUUAUAUACAUAUUUUAAAAUUAUAUAUUAGUUUACAUAAACAAUACUCCUAAAUAUCGAAUUAAUAGCCCUACAUUUAUAUUUAAUUCCUAUAAUAUGGUAAUAGAUGGACUCUACAUGUUACUAUAGUAAAUAUUCAUUUAGUGAAAUUAUAAUAGAAAAAUAUUUAGGUUAUAAUUAAUUACUUAUUAUAAAAAUGUGCUAAUUUGGUAGAAAUCGUUGAUUUGGCAACUAAUAAUAAUUAAGAGGUUAAUUUUUUAGACGAUUUUUUUAGUUUUUUGGAUUAAAUUUAGUCAUAAUUUCAUGUUUUAUAGAAAAUUUUAGUACUCCCUUUCAGUAAUAACACAAAUGAAAUUAUCUUCUGAAUAUUUUAAACAAAAAACAUUUACUCCGAUUUUUUAUUCUUCGAGGUAUUAAUUAUAACAUUAUCAGUAUUAAACCUGAGACACUUAACAGUGAAAAACGAAAGGGUAGUGAUGGUAAACGAUUGGUUGUUUCUUGUCGUAAUGUGGUUAAAAUGUCGGUUUUUUCCAUCGCUACCUAAUUUAGAGACCCUAUAAUACAAUGGUACAUGGACCUACUUUAGAGUCCCGAUGUAGCUAUUUCGAUGAAAUUCAUUUAGGGUCUUUAAGUUGUGAUGGUGAAAACAGACAUUAAGUAUUGUUAGGUAGAAAUUAUGUAGAAGGGCUGUUCUGUGUACACUCUACUAAUGAAGUUUUUUAAAAGAAAUAUGACAGAUAUCUGUAGCUAUUUGUUUCUGAUUUUAUUAAUUUUCAUGACUCAAACGAUAAAAUGGUAACGCGUUAAUCUGUUUUGUAUCUUAUUCGUUGUUCAUAGAGCACUAUUUAUGUUAAAAAUAAUAUAUUGGGUGUACACAGCAUUUCCCUAAGGCUGGCUUUCCAUCUAAACUGUACGAAAAAACGUCUUGUCAACGAGAAAAAAAUUUACAAAUAGGAAGUCGUUAUUUCAACCAAACGUAUUGCAGCUAUUAUAUUGGUGGUAUUUUGACCAAUAAGAUCCCGCCAUUUUGCUUUGCUGUCAAAUUGGAGAAAUCCUAUUGGCUUAUUUGAAAGCCAUUUCCUAGAUUUGUUGGAAGGUCAGCCUGAAGCCAGUGGUGCUAACGACAAAAGUGCUAAGCAUUGUGAAUCGAGAAGUUCCCCUUGUAAAUGUUGAUGGAAUCCACAAAUGUGUAAGUAACAUUUAAUUAAGCACAAUAUGCUUAAUGAAAAGCACGAAGCUUAAAACUGAACAUAAAAUGCUGAGUUGCUUACUAACAAUUGGUUAAACGGUAUAAAUGCUUGAGCUUUUUCGAGCUUUUUCGCUGAUAUAUUGUAACUUUAUAACAUCGAAGCUUAAGCAAAUUCAGAAAAAAUCUGUAUUAGAAAAAGAAACAUAGUCUUAAUUCUUUUAUAACAUUACUUCUGUAGCCAUAUUGAUUGAACUCAACCAAUAAUAAAAAAAAAACUAAAAAAGAGUUUUUAAAAAAAAAAGAAUUCAAUUCCACAAACAAACUUCAAGAUAUUUUCAAAAUCAUCAUUUACAUAGGGAAAGUAAACCGCUAAAAGCUGAAUGGUAAGUAAGACUGACAUAUAUUUUUUUUACAAAAAAAAACUGUCAAAUAUAUUAAAAAAAAACCUGCUCUGUUUUUUUAUGUAUUUAAUAAUUUAAAUAAUGAUGUACUUGCGUGGAUCUUUAGGUAUUUGUAACUGUGUAAUAAACAUAAAUGUCAUUACUGUAUCGGUCGCGUCACAAUCCAUUUCGGCAUGAUUGGAUGUAUUAUCAUUAAAAGUAAUAAAAUGUGGAAAA